GCGCCUCGAGCGCGGCCUCCGCCUUCCUGCCACCCCCGCGGGGACAGCGCCGGGACCCCCCUGGCGUGGCCCCCGUGUCCCCGCCGUGUCCCCCGCGCUGUCCCCGGCCGUGUCCCCAUGUCCCUGGCGCUCAAGGCCCGGCAGCGGGCGAGGCGCAAGGGCGGCUCCCGGGAGCGGCUCUUCGGCUGCGACCUCCGCGAGCAUCUCCAGCGCUCGGGGCAGGACGUGCCGCAGGUGCUCCGGAGCUGCACGGAGUUCGUGGAGCAGCACGGGGUGGUCGAUGGCAUCUACCGCCUGUCCGGGGUGUCCUCCAACACCCAGCGGCUGCGGCAGGAGUUCGAGGCGCAGCGCAGCCCGGACCUGUCGCGGGACGUUUACCUGCAGGACGUUCACUGCGUCAGCUCCCUGUGCAAGGCCUACUGCCGCGAGCUGCCCAACCCCCUGCUCACCUACCAGCUCUACGACAAGUUCGCCGACGCCGUGGCCAUCCAGAUGGAGGAGGCGCGGCUGGUGAAGAUCAAGGAGGUGCUCAAGGAGCUGCCGGCGCCUCACUACAGGACGCUGGAGUUCCUGAUGCGGCACCUGCUGCGCAUGGCCGCGCACAGCGGGCGCACCAACAUGCACGCGCGGAACCUGGCCAUCGUCUGGGCGCCCAACCUGCUGCGCUCGAGGGACAUCGAGGCCUCGGGCUUCAACGGCACGGCGGCGUUCAUGGAGGUGCGCGUGCAGUCCAUCGUGGUGGAGUUCAUCCUCACCCACGUGGAGCAGCUCUUUGGGGACGAUCCCAGGUGUAUCCAGCUGAGCAAGGGCUCCCUCAAGGCCAAGAAGUGGAGAUCCAUCUUCAACCUGGGCCGCUCCGGGCACGAGGCCAAGCGGAAACCGGGGAAGGCGGAGGAGAAAGAGAAGUGUGGGAAGGUCACUCUGCGGCCGGCCAAGAGCAUGGACUCGCUCAGCUCCGGCCCCUCCGGACCGGCCGCCCCGGACGCGGCGCGGCUGCUGCCGAAGCUGUCGGUGAAGCGGCGGCCGCAGCGGCAGCACAGCUCGGACGCGGCCCCCGCGGCCCCGGAGCCGCCCCCGGAGCUGGACGAGAGCCUGGAGGAGCCGCUGGAGGCGGCGGCCGAGAGCAGCACCCAGUCGGAGCCCACCACCCCCAAAGCCCCCCGGGCCGGGCCGGGGGUCUGCGGCCGCUCCCGCGCCGAGAAAUGCGCGGGGCUCCACAUCUCGGGCCCCUUCUCGGUCACCGUCCCCUUCCACAUCACCUCCAACCUGUCCCGCCUCACCCGGGGGCUGCCGUGCCCCGCGCUGGAACGGGAGCAGAGCCCCGGCAGCGCCCCCGAGCCCGCCCGCGACCCCCGGCCCCGCUCCGAGGAUGCGGAGCAGACCCGGCUCUCCCUGGAGCUCCGCGACUCCUUCGCCUUCCUGGACGGCCCCGAGACGUGGCUGGAGGGCGGCGGCGACGCGGAGGCGGCGGCGCGGAGCCCCGGGACCGGGGAUGAGACCCCCGGGAUGGAGGAAUGGACCCCCGAGAUGGAGGAUGGGACCCCCGGGAUCGAGGAUGGAACCCCCGGGAUCGAGGAUGGGACCCCCGGGAUCGGGGACGGGUUCCCGGCCGUGGAGGAGGCGAUGGAGAGCGGGUUCAUGAACCCGGGUGAGCGCUGGGCGGAGCAGCCGGACAGUUACCUGUCCAUCGAGGAGUGCACGGAGCAGGACAUGUUCUUCCUGGCCCCCGGCGCCUCCGACCCCGACUCCGACCCCGAGGAAAUCUUCCUGAGCGCCCACGACGAGCUCAGCCCCCUGGGGACCCCCGAGGGACCCCCGGGGACAGCCCUGGAGAUCCCAGAGAUCCCGGAGAUCCCGGAGACCACAGACAUCCCAAAAGUCCUGGAGAUCCCAGGGAUCCCAAAAGUCCUGGAGAUCCCAGAGAUCCCGGAGAUCCCGGAGACCACAGACAUCCCAAAAGCCCUGGAGAUCCCAGGAAUCCCAGAGACCCCAGGGAACCUAGAGACCCCCAAAGUCUUGGAGAUCCCAGAGAUCCUGGAGAUCCCAGAGAUACCAAAAAUCCCAAAAGUCCUGGAGAUCCCAGAGAUCCUGGAGAUCCCAGAGAUCCCAAAAAUCCCAAAAGUCCUGGAGAUCCCAGAGAUCCCAGACACCCAAGGGAUCCCAGAAAUCCCAAAUGCCCUGGAGAUCCCAGAGACCCCAGAAAUCCCAAAAGCCCUGGAAAUCCCAGAGGUCCCAGAGACCCCAAAAGUCCUGGAGAUCCCGGAGACCCCAAAAGUCCCGGAGACCCCAGAAAUCCCCGAGAUUCUGGCCCAAACACCCCUGGAAAAGCACGGUCCAGGAGUGGGGGACGCCCCCCGGGACCCCCCUGGGGAAGGGGGCGGAGGGGAGGGGGCUGCAGAGGGAGCCCCCAGCCCCAGGCCGGGGGUGUGGGGUGAGGGGGGAGGGCUCGGGGGUCCCGCUGGGAACGGAGCUGGGUCCCUGCCCCUCACCCCGGGGGAGGGGGAUCCCCCGGAUUUAGUGGGGUCUCCUCCAGCCCCGCCCGUGGCAGAGCCCCCCCGGGAGCCCCCCGCUGGCUGA